UGUUUGUUUUUAGCCACAUCGUACCUGGUGUCAGUGAAGACAGGUGAUGUGCGUGGAGCGGGCACGGACGCCAAUGUUUUCGUCCAAAUUUACGGUGAUAAAGGCGACACUGGGAAAUUACAGCUUCGAAGUGCCGAAAACACGAAAAACAAGUUUGAACGAGGCAGGACUGAUCAGUUUGUUCUUGAGGCCGUGGACAUCGGAAAGGUUAGUCCUGGUACUUGGUAUUGGCAAAUCGCGUAGAGAUGAAUCAUGAAUAGAUCAUAUUGCUCUGCCGUGUUCUCAGUACCCUCUUACCUGCAUUUACUUUUUAAGUCCAAAUAGUGAUUAACAUCAGUUUUCUCCUAACGAUUUCAAUACAUAAUCACGUAAAGGUUAUAGGAGUUAAUAAAAUGAUCACCAAGGGGAAAAUGGUUUGAUCUUUUUUCCAAUUCUCAAACGAAAUAUAAGGAAAUCAGUUUAGAGAAUUUGUAUGUGAAUAUUGGGACUUAAAGGUUAAGCGGUGCCCCUUGGGGAACCGUUUAAUUCAGCGUUGACCAGCGUAAUAGUUAGUCGAGAAAAUAUGACGGUGACCUGGAGAAAUGUCCUUCAAACGACAAAAUAACCUCCAUAGUGAAUACAUAAGAAAGAUGAUUUUUCAGUCAGGGACACAGACGGCACGGUGAAAGUGAAAAAGGGUCGGCCUCAGCUCCCACAGGGUAUGGUUUUCAGGGUCUUGAGUCUUAAACAAUAAUAAUAUAAUUAAUUAAUAAUAAUAUAAUUUCACUAUUAAGCGUCUUGAGGAGGGUGUCUUUUCAGACCAAAAGCCUUAAACAGGGUGUGAAUUUUCGCGGUAUGCGGUCCACAUGUGUAACGACGUUUUUUAAAAUAGUCUAAUUUUGUUCUCCCCCCACCCGCUCCGGGCUCAGCUCCCAUCAUUCUCCUGUAGCUUAGUAGUAGAGCAUCUCAACUAGUAACCGGAAGGUCAUGGAUUUGACUCUUAUUGGGUGCACUUGGAUUUUUCUUCCGAGCCACUUGUUUCACUGACUGAAAAAUCAUCUUUCCCAACAAAAGAAAAUAAAUAACACGCCAUGUACUGAUGGUGCGUCUUAAGUAAGCGACCGUUAGUAGGGGUGAAGUCAAUAAAUAAUGACUCGUUGGGAGUGGGACCUGAGAAAACUGCCUGCGACCGCUUUAUAGAAGUCGUUUUUACUGAAAUUAGGGCGAAUGAUUUCUGUCACGUUGAUGAGUGACGGUUAAAGGAGCUGUUCACGAAAAUUAUCACUGAGAAUUUCAACGGAGGCAACCGCUACUAAACUGAGUAAAACAUAAAAAUAACUGCUCAAAACAUGAAACGAAGGUAUAAACAACACUGCAGAUGUAAAAGGAGAAACAAAGUUCAACCAGACAACUGUGACACCGCCUCUCAAAGGAAAGUGAUUUCUGCGACGUUGAUAGGUGACCGCUUAAAAGGGGGUGAAUGUUUCGUAUACGUUUGAAUGUAUUCUUUCCUUUUACAAAAAAAGCAGCCUGACACUCUGCUCUGUAUUUUUCCUAAGACUGAAAUGCUACGCAUCUCACACGAUAAUAAGGGAACAAAUGCAGGGUGGUUCCUGGAUGACGUCACUGUGGAUAUUCCGUCACGUGGUGAUAAAGUGGUUUUUCCUUGUCACCGCUGGCUAGCUGACGAUGAGGAUGAUGGGAAGAUUGAGCGGGAAUUGUAUCCUGGACAGCAAACUCAUACUAAUCCAAGUAAUGACUUUUUUUUUGUUAUUUAUUUGUAUACUGUUAUUUAUUGAUAACUAACCGGUUUCUUUCUUUUCUUUCUUCAUGAUUCUUCACCAUCUCAUAAAAUGAAUUGAAUUUAAAAAGAUUAAAGAUUGUGAGAUAGUUUCAGGGUAAAACUUAAUUUCCAUUCUAGGGCUACCCUCCUUUUAUAAUCGUAAAACUUGCAUCUGCACACUGAAAAACUUUUGAAUCUAAGUACAAAGAAGUUAAGAGGGAGACUUCACUGAAGGAAUUAGGAGCUGGGUAGUACAGUCCAACCCCGCUUAAUAAGGACACCUCAUUAUUACGGGCCGUUUUUUUUUGUCCCUGGGGAAAGAAAGCCCCUACAUUUUCUUUAAAUUCAACCAGCUUAAUGCGGUCACCACUUUUAACAGGGACACUUUCCAUGGCUCUCUCAGUGUCCGUAUUAACAGGGUUCGACUGUCUUUUGUUUUUUCCCGCUCUAGGAGUUACAUCAAUGUAGUAUUCACACAGAAAUAGUCUGCGAGCAAGCUUUCCAGUUGGGGGGUAUAGUGAGAAGUUAGGAGCGAGCGGCACGCAUGAGGAGACGCGCUCUCUCGCGCCCGUCGCUUCGCUCGCCACUCGAAAUGGAGAACUUGCUCGCAGGGUAACUUAGAAAGUACUCUCUUAGAAUAAUGUCAUUCUGCAAAUCUGAUCGCCUACAUAAAACAGCACUCGCCUGCUAAUCAAGCCGGCAACAAAUUUUGAUUACUUCUCUUAUCUUUGUUCAAAGGAGCAAGAUCGUUCUGUCAAAUUGUUACUACAACUAACUAACCUGUUGAUUUUAUUUUCUCGAUUUUUUGCGAGUAGAGGUCCCAUACGAAGUGACAGUGUACACUGGAGAUGUGAGAGGGGCUGGCACGAACGCUAAUGUGUUUCUAGUCAUGUAUGGUGAGAAUGGCAAGUCAGACCGGUUUGACCUGAGGAACAAGUCUGACAACUUUGAAAGAGCACAAGUAGACAAGUUUAAGGUAAAUAGUAGUUGAUUUGACUAGUUUUAGAAGCAAAUGUAAAUUCUCCUCGUUUUUGUGACGUCCUGUGGAGUAAUGACGUAAGCAGCGUGGCGAGUUCAAGUCCCGCUCUGAGCUGGAUUUGUUCACUGUAGUCCCGGGUUCAAAUUCUCGGCCACCCUUGUAAUUAGCCAACUGGUUUGCCUCCGGCCAGUUGGGAUUCUUAAGCCUGUUAUGUUUGAUUUGGAUUAUUUGUUUUAUGCAGUUGCUCGGCCCCACCGGCAUUAGUGCAAUAAAUACUGCCGAGGGUAAAUAACGUAAUUAAAAUUUAUUAUUAUAAAGUUUAUCAAAAGUAGGUAUGAAUAGGACUGUUGUUGUUGACAGUGACUGACGUUUCGACAACCUGUGCGGUAGUCAUCUUCAGAGUCAAAGUGAGUUGUAUCACGUCAGUUGAUGGUAUUAUACUCUGGUUAUUGAUUGGAUUGGUCAAGAUAAAUAUUUUACACAUAAAAGGGGGUGUGGGAUGAUUAGAGCGGCAUAACAGCAGCGUAUCUUGGCAUUAUUAGCGGUAGGCCCCUGUUGAAAGAUUCCUUUCAAUUGACAGGUGGAGAAUGAAGAUGUUGGACCGCUCUUAAAAAUUCGGAUUGGACAUGACAACAACGGAAUGGGUUCAGCCUGGUUCCUGGACAAGGUAACAAUAUUCCUGGUCGUAGUAUGAAAAACUUAAAAUAUAUAGCCUUUUUUAACCAAUUAUAAUUUUUUUACGUCUUGGGAUAAGUGAUUUGAAAUCUUCUAGCCUGUAAGCAGCCAGCCUGCUACGCAAGCGUUUCCGAUCGACUUAAAAGUUACAGUAAAACGUGCAACAAAGAAGUGCAACUUGUUUUGCAACAUUGUUGCUAAACGAUUUGAGUAGCUAUGUUGCGCAACAUCGCUGUUCAACUCAUUUGGCAACAAAAUUGCAAAACAAGAUGCACGCUUUUUUCUGCCCGUUUUACGGUGGCCUUACGCAGGCUACAAGCAAACCCUCUCUUGUCUUUCACUCGCGCGUGAAUCUCGCAUUUUCCAAGGGGAGAGGUUGAUCGCAGGCUAAAAUAUUUGAAUUAAUUAAUUUGCUUCUUAUUUCAACUCGCAUUUUUCAUUUUCGCGAAGGUUGAAAUUCGUCGCGUGAAGCCUGAGGAAAAAGAACCUCGCAAGAAGCGUAGAACAUCCCAGGCUGCAGAAGUUGAAGAGAUGGGUGAUGGUGACGAGUUCAAUUAUCUUUUUGUAUGCAACCGCUGGCUUGCACGUGAUGAGGACGACGGCCAGAUCGUGAGGGAGCUGGUACCAGUUGAUGCGAGUGGAAAGCCAAGACGAGGCUCACUAGCAGGUAUAAUUUUAAUUCGCUUUGGCAAUUGGUCAAUGACAAUUGGACAUUGGGCUUUAGGGCAAAGGGAACUAACUGCAAUUUUUUGCCAAAGUGACGGCCAAACAAUAGCUUUCCAAAGUGCAAUUCCCAAUGCCCAAGGCAAUCUUCAUUAAAUCAGCUAUAUCUGUGGGAUUAUAAUAUUAAGUAGCUGUCGAACUUCUCUUCAACAGGCUCUUUGGGACAGAGCUGAGCCGGCGCUCGUUUUUAGAAGGGUGUCAGUGGCUCAAAUGGCACGAGUUUAUGUCAGCAAACGUUAAGCUGCGUUCAACAAACUGUAGCUGUUGAUAGGUGCGGUCGAAACAUAAGUUUGCAAAAAGUUAUGACUAACUCAAGCAUUUUUUAUUAGAGAACACAUACCGAGUACACGUAUUUACUGGCGAUGUUUCUAAUGCUGGAACAAAUUCUAACGUUUUUAUCUGCGUGUAUGGCGAGCAUGGUGAUACAGGGGAACAAAAACUGGAAAAGUCAGAGACCCACAUGGACAAGUUUGAAAGAAAUAAUGUAAGAACUGCACUUUUUACUCGUAAAUUAUGCACGGAAACAAAGGGCAAACUAGUUUCUUUUAUUCUGGAGUUGUUUUAUCUGCAAUAAGUAGAGGUGUCAAAGAAGAUGUAAAGCAAAUUUCAGCAUGACUUGGUGGGAGAACCUGUCGCAAUGCCAAAGACAUUUAUAUGUGUUUUCCAAAAUUGAGAAAUACAUUGCUUUUCAGAGGCCCGAAGUUACAGCAUUGUGUCGUAGUAGGAAGGUAAAAUAAUCAAAAACAAAAAAGGUAAUAUUUUUGAGCACGAAAUGUACUAACUGAAGACACUAUUAAACGUUAGUCCUGGAGACGGGACCGCCAUUGUACUGGAUCAUUCGAACCAGGGCAAGAGGCAGUACCUACAUGUGUCAUUUAUUUUAUAUUUUAUCAUUAUCGAACCCACGACCUCCCGCUCUACAGCAAGGGCUUUACCGACUGAGCUAAUCCUGCGACGGCCAAAUGAUUGGGGAAGGUUGGAGAGUUAAAGUGGCCGACAGUUGAGAGCGCAUCGCGGCUUUCGCAAUGCAAAGGUCCCGGGUUUGGGUCUCGCCCUGACCAUCAGCUGGGUUUAUUUCUCUGCAAUCUCAAGUUCAACCUCUCGCUCAUGCUUGUAAAAAGCCACUUGGUGGUCUCCGGCCCGGUGGGAUUUUUCAAAGUUGUGGUGUUGGAUUUAAUGAUUUGUUUCAGAUAUUCUCGGCCCACCAACCUUCUUCUAUUAAUAUUGUCGAGAGAAAAAUAAAGUUUUGUUCAUUUCUGAUCGCUUUACCUGGUAGUUUACCAAGCGUUUCCCCGGGGUUAGAAGCCUUUGGCUAUGGUUUAUUUACCCAUACCCGUACCUCAGAAACAGAGUAUCUUACCGUGCUGUUCAUUAUUUGAUUUUUUUUUCCGGCUUUGGUUCAUAGGAAGAUAUUUUUUCCUUCAACUGUAUAAAUAUUGGUAAAAUCAGCAAAGUCAAAGUUUGGCACGACAACAGUGGAUUGAAGCCCGCCUGGCACCUGGACAGAAUUGAGAUAAACGACAAACUAGCAGAAGAGAAUUAUGUGUUUCCGUGUAAUCGUUGGCUUGCAACCAGUGAAGAUGACGGGCAGAUCUGCCGUGAGCUUGGCGCAGUUGACGAUCGAGCUAUGCAGUUACAAAGAAAGAGAUCUCUGUCCAGGAAAGCCAGCGUUGUAUCUAAUGUUGAUGGAGUUGAUCUGGAGGCAAAAGGUUGGUUAGCAUUUGUUACAAGGGAAUACGGCUGACAUGUUUGGUUGAAUGCAUUUUUGCGCACUGUCUCCGGGCUUGUUUCUUCAUAUGAUAUUCCUUUAAUGUGAUGAGUUAACAACUGCAGUUAAAAUCGACGCGACGCUUCUUUUUCCCAGCAUUCGCUGGCGUGAAUCCCAAACAGCAGUUUUGAUGAUCGAAACAACCACCUGCUGUGAUCAUCUUCAAUUUAUAAACUGCCUAUACCAGGUUUUUCUUAUUCACGUUUUACUGCUUUAUUUAAACUCUAUGCAUUGUAUCAUACAUGCGUUCGACCCUGACUUUGCAGUAUCGCCAUGAUUAGGCUGAGAAAACAGCCGUUAUUUCGGGAUGCCACCAACGGUUUCCACGCGACAUGACGUUUCAUGAGCGAGCGCAGAAAUUCCAUACUGAUGACGUGCCACUACCGAUAUCUGGGUAGUGUUUCUGGUAGACCAUGAACAACUGCAGCGUUUCUUAACAAGGCGCUUUUCGUUUUAAGUACACCAAACAACUGGUUGAUUUGUAUUUCCCUAUUUUGUUCUGAGCACAACUUCAUGCAAGCGCUUCGUACUUAUUUAGUUCUAAUGGUGCUUUUUUUUUCAAAUGCUUUACAGCCCGCAUGAACACGUAUGAAGUAUCAGUUGUCACUGGUGACGUCAGAGGAGCGGGGACCAACGCAAAUGUGUAUAUCAUCUUAUUUGGAGAAGAGGACGAUACUGGUUAGUUUUUAAAGUAAAUAGUUUUGCGUUUAGAGUUUCCCUUGGUUUGUUGUAUGCGUCUUGUAAUGAGAUGAACCUUUCUUUUGCAGGUAAAGUCCCUUUGAAAACGUCACGUACGUUCAAGAAUAAGUUUGAGCGUGGACAAACAGAUGUGUUCACAAUCGACGCCUUAGUUGGAGAAGUACAAAAGAUCAGGUAAUAAUUUCGAGUUUGGAGAUUAUUUUCGUGAACUGGAGUCUCGCUACUUUAUUUAGCGGGAUAAGCAGUCGUUUCCUUGAUCAAAGGAUGGGCUCAGAGAACUAUGAUUUAAGUUGCAAUGGCUGAAACUUGUGGGGGAAAAAUCUUGUAUUUCUUCUGGCGAGGGAGAGAGUACUAGUCAAAUAACCUGUUAACGUAUAUACUUAAUAAAAUGGUCUGCUAGAAUUUAAAAGAAUCGGCUUUUGAGCUGUUGCAAUGUUGUGGUAAGCCAAAAUGGGAAUGAAGAAUGAUUUUUUAGUACCUUGUCUUCAAAAGUUCCAGACAGCAGUAGGCAAAUAGCAAUUAUAGAAACAUGUAUUAGAUUUAAAAUCGUCGUCGGAUAUUUUUCAAAUUACUUUUUCAUCCUUUUGCAGUGAUCUAUUGAAAGUGUGUAAAUGUAAAUGUAAAUAUCAUAUUAUCCACUCCCCAGGGCUUUUCAGGGAUAAUUUACAACACGGGUUGGGGGACUUUGCCAGACUGCUUAAGGUGCAGUUUACAAGUAAUGAAGGAAUGAGUAAUGAUUCCCCUUACAUGAGUGUGAAAGUGAGAUAGACCACUACACCGGGCACUAGCUGCCCUGGCCUACUCUUUACGAAGAGUGUGUGGGUUCUUUAACGUCACACAGAUUUUUAUUACAUGUGCAAGGGCUUGUGAGACGGGGCCUACGGUUUAUCGUCCCUAUCCGAGAAGACUAGAAAGUCAAACCGUUUGCAGAUGUUAUUACAAAGGCAGGACUUUCUCCUCAGUUAUUUAAAGACCCUGAGUGUUGGUCUGGCCGGUGUUUGAACCUACGGCCUCCCUCUCAGCAGACCGGCGCCUAUCCCAUUGAGCUAACCGGACGGCGGUUAUUCAAGUUUUUCAUAAGUGAACAAGAUAGUGCAAAAGAGAGUAUUAAUCAUGAUCUCCUUAACACCAUUUUUGUAGAAUUGGCCAUGAUAACAAGGGUGGAUUUGCUGGCUGGUUUCUCGACAAGGUAAUCAUCGACGUCCCGUCUCUUGGUCAGCGGCUUGUUUUCCCGUGUGGCCGCUGGCUGGAUAAGGGCAAAGAUGACGGACAACUGGAAAGAGAGCUCGUCCCUGGUGUGGACGCAGAAGAAAGCUAUACACCAUGUAAGUCAAACGAUCUUACGGCCUACUGGGGCUAAUACAGUCAACUCUCUCUAAGACGGACACCUUUGGGACCGGCGUUAGCUGUCCGUCUUAGAGAGGUGUCCGUCUUAUAGAGAGUCAAAUAGAGGGAGCAAAAAAGGCAGGGACCAACUCUAGGUGUCCGUCUUAUAGAGGUGUCCGUUAAGAGAGAGUUGACUGUAUCACUCCUUUUUCAAUUUUUAAACGAGGAUUAUUAGUUUCCUGGCUUUGUGAUCAUUCAUAGAAACAGAAGAUUUCGACUGGACAAGCUUGUAUAAAAGACGAAUAAUGAGUCCAACAUUAAGUUCGAUAAUGCACUUAAACUGAAAGAAUUUUUUUUCGCCCUUCGACAGGUUUUUUUUAUUUUAAAACGUUUAUGUUUCACUCGAAUUUUUUUUUCUAAUUUUUUGAGCUUCAAAUUCUGCGCAAGGGGAAAAAAUGAUAGAAUCUAUUUAUUUUGGUUUGUUUUAACAGCUAAUGAAUUCACUUUCUCACUGUUUUCAGUAAAUUCAGGGAAUCCUUUUAACACUUGUAUCAUCAAACAUCUUCUCCAUACUGUUUUGAUCUAUUUCUUAUGGUGCUGAUGAGAUAUUGUUUAACAAUCCGGCGAGAACUUUUUCACUUUACUCUCAUGAAGUUAGAUAUUUAGCAGGAUAUUGCAUAUAAGGAGAAGUGGAAAAUGUUUUAAUGAAAUGCUUAAUGGCUUAAGUUUGAUCGACGUUCUUGCAGACGUUCCUUAUGAGAUAACAGUAUACACGAGUGAUAUGAUGGGAGCAGGCACCUCAGCUAAUGUGUACUUAGUGUUGUAUGGCUCUGAUGCUGCCACCGAAGAAGUUGUAUUAGCAGACACGUCAAAGAAGAAGAAAGAUUCCUUCAAGAGAGGCUCUGUUGAUCAGUUUGUCAAGGAGGUUAGCGCGCUUGUUGAUGUAUUUCCGGUAUAAAGGCUUAAGAUUUGUUUUUGCUAGGUAAUCUUUGUUAAUUGAAAGCGGUUUUCCUUUGGGUGCCUUCAAAAUAAAACCAAUCAAUUACUAUGAAGAAGAACCCAUGUUGAUAUUUUCUUGUAUUUUUUCGCUCUUGCUUAUUCCAGCUGGACAAUGUCGGUGAUUUGAUCGAGAAGAUUCGAAUCGGUCACGACAACAAAGGUAUUACCCCUGGCUGGCAUCUAGAUAAAGUGGAAGUACGGCGUCUGCAAGAAGACGGAGAAACAUCCACAACUUACACGUUUCCUUGUAAGCGGUGGCUGGCUAAGGACGAAGAUGACGGCUCUGUUGUUCGGGAGCUGAUUCCGCAGAGGGUGGUAGAGGAGUCUGUAACAGAAGAUGGCGAGUUUAAAACUAGAGAGGUCAAUCAGGAAACAUUGGAACGUGAGUUUUGUGAAGUGUGAACUGUAGUGACAUAGAGUACCGGGGCGAAAGAUCUGAUCAACAUAACAUUGACGCAUAUUACAGUUGGCCUAAAAACACUCCAUGACAUUAAAGUUGCUCAUACAAUACUCGAGUUGUACCAUGUGACUUCCAUAGGAACGAUCCUUGCGGCGAAUUGCUGCUCGGCAAUUUAAGCGUGUUCCAUUGAUUAUAUUGCGGAAGAAGAAAAAAUGGAAUAAACUCUAUAAAUUACAUAUUUUGGCGUUCAUUGCACUGCAAUACCUAGAAAUCUGCUGGAAAUGAAAUGUCCCGAUGGUGGUCCAAAAAUCACGUCACCAGAGAUUUGCAGCAAAACUUUGCGGAUUAUUCUUCCUGAAUAUGAUCAAUCGAGCGUUCACUGCAGGGUUCUAUCUAGGGUAUUUGAGGGGUAGAAUCUCCCCCCCCCCCCCCCCAAUUUUUCCGGUUCCCCUAAAAAAAAAUUUUUUUUUUUUUAAAUUAUUUUAAAUUUUUUUUGAAAAAAAACCACCACACGCGCCGGUCGGUGUCCACACACAGAAACAUCUACCAAAAAUUUUUUUCAAAGGACCACAAAGUGACUCUCCGUCAUGCAUAUGAAAAUCCAAUAAACUGCUGGAAAAUUAAUGGCCGGGUGAGGCGCCAAAAAUCACCUCCGUCAGAGUUUUGAACAAAACUUUGUGGGUUUGUCUUUCUGAAUUUAAAUCAAUCGGGGUUCGAUUGAGGGUUUUAAUUUAGUUUUUUUGGGGGGUUAAACCCCCCCCCCCCCCCCCAAUUUCUCAGGUUCCCCUAAAAAAAUAUUGUUAUCAUUACAGUAUAUUAGUAACUUUUUCGGAAAAAAUCAUCCAGACGCGACGAGGUCAGUGCACACACAGUAACAUUUCUCAAAAUUAUGUCUCAAAGUGCACCAGAUUGCAUCUCUGCGCAUAUUCAUUUCAAAAAAUUUCCGAGGGAACCCCCGCUAGGAGGCUCGUGGCCUUCGGCAACUCGGGACUGCUCUCUCAACGAUAAAUCCUAGAUAGAACCCUGCACUGUAUUGUAUUCGCAGUCUGAUUCCCUAUUUCGUGGAAAAGGAAUUAAUGAUGUCCACGUUUGCAACUUAUACCAGUUACUGCAUAAGUAGUCUGUGUAAGGUAUUAGUGUGGAAUACUGUGAUAAAUCAAUUGUUAAGCGGUAGAUGUCAGAUUUAUGCUGUACGUUUAAACAGUCUCUUCAAGGAAUAUUGAGCUCUUCAAGGUCCCAGGUUAUGGUUUAACAGCCUCAUUUUUAUUUACAGUUCGAAAGUACAAAAUUCACGUUUUCACUGGUGACGUCAAAGGUGCCGGGACAGACGCCAACGUGUUUAUUACCAUAUAUGGAGAGUAUGGUGACACUGGAGAGAGACAGCUUGGCAAAUCAGAAACGCACAGUAAUAAGUUUGAAAGAAGAAACGUGAGUGUUUAAGUUCUCUGUGUAUCAGGUUUCACCAUUUCAGAGGAAAGAAGACAGCAAACUCUGUGUGACAAGCAUGACAAUAAUAUCUUCACCUCCUUUAAACAGGUCUUUUUGUAAAAUUCCAGAAAACAUUAACCGAAGUGAAGAUCACAUCAAAACACCUAAGUAACAGCCCUGUCACGUUUGCCACACACAAGCGUUUUGCCGUCCUGUUGCGUAAACUCACUGUUUUCAAAACUUGCUCGCACAACCGAGUUUCAUAGUAAUAGGUACAAGUGGCGUCAUUAAUUAAAGCUUCACUGGCAAGCGAAUCAGUAGUCAGACUUAUGUACGACGCUAACACCUGAACGUUCCUCCGCCAUUUAUGAUGUUUUCACUUAAUAUUUUUCAUGACUUUACUAAAGUUCACUACUCAGGACAUACUACUACAAUAGAUAUAAUUUAAAGAAAUUGUAACAAAGAUAGCAAGGAAAAAAAUAUAGGUUGUAUAAAAAGACUGCACUUAUACACAUGAAUAAGAACAGAUGAAUUAGUGAGCAACAGCCAAAGUAGCGAAAGCUUUCAAUUUGGCAGCUACUUACUUGAGCAUGACAAGAGAGAAGUAGUGACAUAAAAAAGGAGAAACAAAUAAUGAAUAGGGCAAAGCAAAAUAGGUUGCAUAGAAAGAAAAGAGGUAUAGAUAUGAAUCAGUGUGCAGCGGCCAAAAAAGGAGAUAAGGCUUACGAGUUGGAUGCUGCUUUCUGCUUACUUAUGCAUAAAUUGAGGAGGACAUCGAGUGUAGCUACAUGUUGGCUCUACGAGUAUCCUAAUGAACAUAAAUUGCAAAGAGACUUUUUGCAGAAGAAUUGAGUUGAAAUAAUUGAAAGUAUUGUUCUGUUUACCGUUGUCUAAUCUCAGUAUUAAACAGUUUAUGUUUCCUUCUUGACAGGAAGAUGUUUUUACUCUGGAAGCGGCUGAACUUGGAAAUAUUUACAAGUUGAAGCUUCGACACGAUAAUUCUAACAUAAGCCCUUCCUGGUUUGUGGACCGUGUGGAUAUAAGGGAUGUUGAAACCGAUAAACUGUAUCCGUUUAUCUGCGAGAGGUGGCUUUCUAAGAAGAAGGAGGAAGGAAAAAUCCAACGAACACUUUACGUGAAGGGUUACGAGGUAUAAAAAUGAACAAAAUAGGAAUAAACCCUCACUGAUAUUAAAAUAUUGGAAAGUGCGUACGGUUUCUCAUAACUACCACUAAAUGCCCUUUUUGAGGAAUCGCGACGCCCGCACCCUUCCGGUAAGCGCUCGAUCCUGCAUGACGAUUUCACUAAAAAAGAGGGGACUGUUAACAGUUUAGAGGGAAUUUGGCCCAUUUUCAAAAAUACACCUUCCCUUGAAUGUUCGCAUCGUUUGUUUUGAAAAUAUGAUUCUAAUUUUUAUUUUCUCAAGCUCGUCGUCUGCAAUAGUUGAUCAUUUAACCACCGUCUUUAAUAUACCUCAAUUCUUCCCAUUUUCUUAUUACAUCUGUUAUUUUUUUUAUUUAAAGUUGGUUCUGGAGGUCGAAACAUUGGCCCAUAAUAUCGUGUAAUACCCUCUUUGAAACGUUUUAGGCUUGUAAUUUCAAUCAAUACUUAUACAGAGUUUUUGGCCUUUUAUUCCCUUUUAUUGUCCUUACAGAGUUACGUUAUGAAAGAAAAACGCACCAAUAAGUUACUAAGAUAUGGUACGAAGUAAUGAAUAAUUUUGACUCUUUUUUUCUCUUGUUUACAUUCCAGGGAGAACGUUCCACACUUGGAACCAUGAGUAUGGCGUCUUUGGGAGGUAGCCUUGGUGCACGAAGAAGCAGUCGGAGCAGCCUCGGAAGUAGUCGAUCUUCACUGCAUCGUAGCAACGAAAGUUUGCCGACUGCUAGCCGAAGUGCGUCCGCCGAUGCUAUCUUUAUGAAGGAAUUUAGUGAGGGUAAAAAAGAAGCGGCAGCAGCUGGUGAAGGUCAGUAUUUUUAAAAGGAAACCUUUCAUGUUUAUAAAUAAAAUUGGUUUGCUAACUACGUAUAUUGUCUCAGGGUUUUGAUAAAAAUAGUUGCUGAAUAAAGGGUUCGUCUUGUCGGGUUUGUCUAAACCUCUUCUCUGCCUCUAUGUACUGUUCCCUAUAACUUCUAGCUGCAAUUGCUAUCAGUGUUAAAGGAAUUGUUGUGGGUCCAUUAUUUGUUGUUUAAUGAAACCGAUGGUAGCCCUGUUUGCAAAUGGUACACUCGUCUCUGUCUUAUCCCUUUAGCAUAAAAGGAUCUUAGCGAAUCAUGAUAUCUUUUGAUUCCUGUUGGCAUUAAAAGACCCUGACUUUACAGCUGUUUCGGAUAACACGCGACCUACGAUGUCAGAAACGUAUUUGGAUUUUGGGUUUUUCUACGGCGUCAAUCAAAAUCUGAUGGCUCGGCGCCUUCUAGCGGACGGAAAUUGCAUUGUAAUUAUUAAUCAACUCAUUGCAAAUAUAUUUUUGGCUUAAUUUUCGGGGAAGAGACUAUAGUUGUUGUACUUCUUGAGCGAAGUUAAUAUAACUCAGAAGGUAAGGUUUCAUUGCUGGAGUCCAGUUUUCCUACCGAAGGUUAAGAAAAGGAAGAAGAUGAUAACUCUAGUAAACAGUUUUUACAGGGUAACGUGUUUUUCUCCUCACAGCCAUAGCUUAUACGAUCCGCGUGACCACCGGUGACCAAUCAGAUGCAGGCUGUCAAGCGCAGGCGCAUAUUGUGUUGAUUGGCACCGAAGCAGCCACUGAAAAGAUCCCGCUCGUGUUGAUACAGAAAGAAAGUUUCACUCCAGGGUUAACUGAGACGUUCUCAGUCGAGGCAGUCGACGUCGGAGAGGUGAAGAAAAUUGAGCUGUCGAACAACGCUUAUGGCGCUGAUAGUGGCUGGUUUGUGAAGGAAGUAGAGGUGGAUGUACCGACCAGCGGUAAGAAGUACUUUUUCCCGUGCAACAGGUGGUUAUCAGAGAACAAGGAAGAUGGAAAAGUGGUCAGGGUCCUUUCUGCCGCUGAUAAUCAGCUGGUCACAUACAAACCACGUAAGUUGUUUUGUUUUCUUGGAGAAUACGAACCCUAAGGAUGGUGUUUUUGCGCGGUGAUGACGUUAACGAUAAAACAGACCUCGGCACAGGCUCCCAAAAUCCACACUGAAGAAGAGCAGGGAUAUCUCUAAAUCGUGCGUAGUUAGUCCAUGUUUUCUAUGUUUAAUUCAUAAUCCUGGGUCCUUGCUGUGGUGAACUUUGUUUGCGCAGUCAUGAGGCUCGCAAAGUAUUUUCAACUGGCGAUUCACCUUAUCAUAUGGCCCAUUCUGCUUGCCGACGUCCCAGUUUACUUGUUUGAGAAGCUCUUCAUCUGGCGUCAUAAAGAACAAGUGUUCAAAUCCACUUUAAUAAUUUUCUCCCUUACGCGUCAAUCUCUAUCAAUCUUUUGUUUAAAAUGCUCCUGCCGUAUUGUGCUUUUAUGUACGAGUAAGGGAGUAACUUGUUGCCUUAUAGAUGUGCCAUACGAGAUGACAGUCUACACAGGUGAUGUAAAAUCAGCUGGAACAGACUCUGCCAUCUCCAUGACGAUGUUCGGCACUGAGGGCACCACUCCUGAGUUUGUUUUAGACAAAGAUGAAUCCCGGUUUGAACGCGCAUGCGUUGAUCUUAUUAGAAUGGACCUGGAUGAUGUGGGCAAACUGCUGAAAGUCAGGAUUGCAGUCGACGGUAAAGGAACCCGACCAGAUUGGUUCUUGGAAAAGGUGCGCCACAUAAGUAAUUGUGUGCUUAAUUUUUUUUUUUUUUUUUUUUACUUUUUUUUACAAAGGAUUGGCCAUAGUGUUUGAAUUUACCAUUAACAGCAAGAGUUCUGUAAACUCCUGUUAUGCUUGCUAGACAAGAACCUUAAAGGAAUAUUUUCAAAUAAAAAAACUAAAGGACGAUGUUCAAAUUUGUAGACUAUCACUUGUCAGUACAAAUUACGAAAAUUCUUCUGAGAACUCGCAUACAACCUGAGUGGAAUAAUUAAACAGUGUUCUCUUUGUAAGGUGAAGUCCUUAUGGACCGUCACCAAACGUCUAUCUAUGAGCAAAGAACGUUUAAUUAUUGCUACAGUUACAGCAAAGUUAGAGACUGAAAGGCGUUGAGAUCGUUUGGAAGUUGUUUUCGUCGUAGAUAAUUGGAUAGUUACCCGUUCUUCCAAUAGCUCAAACCCCAGGAGUUUUAAAGACUCGGUGCAGAGUCAUGUCUUUUUCUUGCUUUUUCUUCAAUAGAAGUUUGUUUGUCUUUUGUUUUACAGAUGAUUGUUAGGAACAUGGAGACGCACUCCGCUAGCGUGUUUAAAUGCAAUGACUGGUUUUCCAAAACAGAAGGGAAACUAGUAAAAGAGAUUCCAGCUGAGACGGAUGGCGAGGAGAUGCUGAAGAGUAAGUUGUUUUCUGCUUUGUUCAAUGGCAGUACAUUAAAAAAGAACCAUCUGUUGGUGCUAAAUUUUUGGUAAACUAUUUUAUGAAUCCCUUGGUGAAUUACUACACAAUAGACCUCUUUAGUUUGUAUGUUUUGCGGUUUUCUCAAUGCAGGUCUUAUGGUAGUACUCUAGAGAACUGUUUCUUUCAAAUUUCGUUUUAUUCACGUGGAUAAGUACGCAUAAUUUAUGAAGACAAAACUAGGUCAAAUUCCCUUGGAACCGUCAUCGUGAAAACAAAACAUACAAGCUAAAGAGGUCUAUUAACUUUUAACAUUAAUAACCUGACUAGUUAUUAACCAGUUGUUUAAACAGCCGGUAUUUGACCUUAAUGCCGUGAAUGCUCAUUCUUGACCUUCGAAUAAUGUGCGCUGUCUUUAAGAGUCUUCAUCUGCAAAUACUGCUCUCAGCGUUGUCAUGUGACUUAUGUGUAUUUACUGACGUGAUAACACGUGGUUUACUCAAUAAUUGAUUUUAAUUUAAAUAUUCGUAAGUCACGUGACUGCACUUAAGACUGUAUUUAAGAGACCCUGAAUAAAAGUCGUUCAAACAAUAUAUUUGACGAGUUUCAAAACCCGGUGCAGAGCGCGCAGCUCUGCAUUUUGAAGGCCACUGCGUUUGUAAAGAUGGCGAAGUGUUAUCAAGGAAAAGACGGUUACUGCCUCGCUCCACCAUCGUAUACUUUUUUCAAUUAUCCAACAGUACCUUUCACCGCUUAAAAAUUAACCGCUUUGUAGUCAUGCCGGUUUCCGUUUAUGGCGGGAAAUGUUUCAUGCGAAGCAAGCUUUGGAAAACACCUGAUAAGACCCUCCUAUACAAGUUGCAACGUGAAGCUGUCUAGAGCCCUUGCAAGACUACUUGCAGAUAACUCUGUUACGUGCGACAAGUCGGAUUAGAAGCGCAAUACGAAACUGCGUAGCGAACUGCAAUAAGAGCUGAACGAUCUCCUGCUCCUUCUCCCGUCGCUUAGAAAAAGCUAACGAAAAUUUUUAUUUCGUUUGCUUGUCGCCAUUGUUUAUUAUAGAGCAACUAACAUCGCUAUUCCCUUCGUUGAUUAGUUGUUGGGCAAGCUUGUUAGCAGAGCCCAAACAGGUUUGCUUUUGUUUUAGAUUGUAUUCGAAAUCGCCAUCUGUAAGAAUACUUUGAUGACUCAAUUCCCUCUUUCCCAUUACUAGAAACCACAUACAAGAUAAACGUGAAGACCGGUGAUGUCAUGGGUGCAGGAACAGACGCCAACGUGUUCAUGGUCAUGUUUGGUGAAAAUGGGGACAGUGGAGAGCUGGCUUUGAAGAACUCGGAAACGUAUAGAGACAAGUUCGAAAGAAACCACACCGAUGUGUUUACCUUCAAUAAUUUACUAACUUUAGGUGCGGUUUAAAUUGUGCAUUCCCUAACAGAUGAAUGAAAUCAUUCAGCAAUAGUAAACAAUUGCGAGCAAGCAUUUCUUAAUAGAAAUUUGUGAAAGAAGGUGGAAUUUUGAGGCAAAAAAGUUAUAGCUACAUUGAACAGUACGAUGAAAAGAAAGCGGUUUUCAUGUCGGCGUUUUCAUGCAGCAUUUAUAGAGCCGUCAGUGAGUUCCUUGUUAAAACCUGUUAGGUAUGUAUGCUCAUUGAUUGGUCACAUUCGUAUUUAUUGUACGGCCCGCUUGUGUUCUUUCUCCGUUUUCUUAAACCUCUCAAAUCAAAGUUAUAAAAUUUAUAGAUAUCUUUCGAUCCGCGUUUUUUUUUGGUCUUUGCUGUAGGUAACGAAGUGUAGCUUUUUUAGGUCAGUAACUAGAACUCGAACUGUUCAGUGUAGUGAAGUGUAUUUGUAGGGUCAGCGUUUCAGUCCUUUUUGUAAUCAACUAAGAACAGAAAUACAGUCGAACCUGCGCCUUCAGACACCUCCAUAAUACGGACACCUCUCAAAACACUCACAUUUCUCUUACUUCCAGAGUUACGAUCCCUUGUUCCUACAAAGAUGGUUUGACUGUCUACAGGACAAACGGGUUGUCUUUUCAAUAUGAUCUGUGCGAAAGCCAUUCAGUGCAACAUAGCUAUUACCUUGUAGAUGUUUCCAGGGAGCAACCAAAUCCUGUGAUGAAAUGUAAGAAGUGCGAGAUGCAUCAGGCUUUUUCAUUUUCAUUCAUUUUUCUGUUUUCCUCUGUCUCUUUAGGCGACCUUACGAAAGUACGCAUUUGGCAUGACAAUAAAUUUCUUGGUGCAAACUGGUAUCUUGAAAGCGUGGAAAUUGUGGACGAGUCAACUGACGAAAAAUUUCUCUUUCCGUGCAACCGCUGGCUCGCUAAGGACAAAGAUGAUGGGAGUCUGGUACGAGAGCUAACAUGCGCAAAUCCAAAGAAGAGCGCUGAUUCAAGAACACCUACAUGUAAGUCACGCAUUGUGCUUAUGUAGUUAUGCCAUGUGAAGGGCUGUAUCAAUCUGUAUUGAUAGCUCAAACAAAAUAAAUCUUGCUCCAGUAUGUCUGAAAAUCUAGACAAUGAAGGUGGCGAGAGAUUUCACACGCAUAGUUAACGUGAACUGUCAAAUCAAAAAUUGUUGUCUCGAAAUGUCUCUUUUCUUCCUUUCAGAACAAAAGUGUUCGUUUUACUGUGGGCAAAUUAAGAUAGGGCUAGGUAGGUGUUGACUGAGAUUAAAAGUGUAAGAAAGAAAGAGAAACAAGGAAAUUAGUUCGCUGGAAUAAUUUGCCUUUGUCUCGAUGAAUACGGUAACUGAAACAGUCAGUUUUGCGGGUGAACGUAUCAUGUUAGGUCGUCAAUGCUGGGUUCAAAAUCAAUAGAACUUUUACAAGUGUAACGUAGCUCUUCUCUUAGAGUCGGAAAAUAAUAGCCACACUUGUAAAUUACACUUGUUAAAGUCCCUGAAGUUUGGUUCAAAUAGCAAAGAUAAAUGACCGUUGAAACAUAAGUUUGUCCAGUGCAAAAAAUUUACUACCUUACACAGUCCUAAGAAAAUUACCGUAAUAGUAAAAGUAAAAGAUGGUUGAGGUUCAACACCGAUUUCCUUUUUUUUUUCAUAGCGUUUGAACUAACCUUUCUCACAAGCGACAAGCAAAACGCUGGAACGACGCAAAACGCCUGGAUCGUCCUAGAAGGAGAAGAAAGAAAAUCCCAAGAAUACGUGAUAGAAAACAGCGCCAAGAACAAAGUACUGCGACGCGGGCAGACUGACACCUUUAAAUUUGUCACCAAACGGUUGGGAAGUCUUACUCACGUGACCAUAGGACACAGGAGACGAGAGGGCUCCACGGUCAAGGGAACUGGGAAAGAAACUGGAUGGUUCUUACAUGAAUUGAUUGUCUCUGCACAACAGUCUGGAGAAAAGUAAGCGAGGAAAAAUCUGCUUUCGUAAAACCUUUUAAAUAAAGGGCAUGUGUGGAAAAAGGGUUUCUAUCAGGGUUCACAGUGCUCCUGAAAUUCUUUGAAAAUUUUUGCUCCUCCAGAGUACUGGGAAAAAAUUAUCUUUUUUUUCUGAAAAUUAUCUUUCUUAUAUACCGGUACUCCUGGUAACUCUCGGAAUUUCAUUAUUGAAUUGGAUGAAUGUGGCGGGGGGUUUACUACAAUUUAAGAGGCUAUGUACUUUUUCAAUAGGGGAAGCAAAAACGUUUAACCAGCAAUGGCCGGCAGAAAAGGCGUAGUUUUUAAAGCAUUUUUCACGCGAGCAAUGGCAGGCGCGAGUCAGGUCGCUCUUGCCUUUGCUUACCUGUAAAACGUGUAAAGGUAACGCCUGUCUUGCCGUCUAGACGAACAGUGAUUUGUUUGGAUUCUGUGUAGGUAGCUUACGAGACCUCGACAGUGAGGACAACGAGAACUGCCCUUUGUUUACACUUUUUUUUUUAAAGUCGUCCCCGUCGUGGUUGAUGUCUAUUCUCUUUUCGUAACUCGAACGCCUAGAAACCGGCUCUCUUAUUCUGAGCUAUCCAAUUAAACGUGUCAGUCAUUUAACUCUUUAUUGGCUUUUGCAGAUACGUGUUUCCAUGUCGUCAGUGGAUUCCUCUCAGCUCCGAUAAAAAUGACGCUGUUCGGCUGGAAUGUAAAACAUCUGAGAAACCGAGAGCGGCAGCCAUCAGAGGUAUAGUGUUUGCUCAUUACAGUGUAUACGUAACGUACAACUACAAUAGACUAUAAAAAUAGCACAUGCACGACUAAGACAUUGUGUGGCGUUUUUUGUGUCGUAAUCCCCCUUAGCUACUAGAAGCGGGACGACAUUCUGUUUUGGGCAAGUGGUUGAAAAAACACAGGACUAGUAAAUUUCGUUCGGGAUUUGCACAAAUUUCUGAAAUACGGCCGCGAGCCCCCUCGAUUCAACAACAACAACAACAACAGGUCUGAACAGGUGUUGUGGGUGUUGACUGUUUGUUACUCAUAUACUUUUGUUCUUGUCACCUUGUUUCAGACCUUCAACCUGUUCAAUAUCUAGUGGAGGUCUUCACAGCCGACGUAUCACAUGCAGGCACAGAUGCAAACGUGUCCAUUACCUUAUAUGGCGCAAACGGCGACACUGGACAAAGACAGCUUACUAAGAAGUUUGUCAACUUGUUCGAGAGAGGACAGACUGACGAUUUCAAGAUCGAAGCGUUGGAUCUUGGUCAGCUGACUCGCUUGCGCAUUGAACAUGAUAAUAAAGGCUUUGGAGCUGGAUGGAUGCUUGAUAAAGUUGUGGUCACUAAUUUGACGAGUCAAGAGAAAGUGACUUUUUCUUGCGGCCAGUGGCUUGAUAAGAAGAAGGGCGAUGGAAAGAUCUGUCGGGACCUGCUUCCUCUACCUUCAUAACUGUAGCCUGUGGAGAAGCUGACUACGAAUUUUUGAUGAGGAGCUUCGUUGAAUCUAGGUUUCAAUCGCGUAUUGAAUUUCUAAAAUCUGUGAGGACAGUGUUAUGCAUGGGUUAUACAGAAUGUUGAUGAUCCCACUUCUCGCAGUUUAAUCGAAUAACUCACGAGUAUCUCUCUAAAACGACCAUAAUGCUAGUGCACAAGUCUGGCCAGUGCUUGAGCUCGGUUACGAACCAAAAGUGAAUUCGCUCAUGGUGAACAGCCAUGUUGACAUACCUGGGGAUCUCGCCAGCUACGCAAGCUAUGUUGAAGUAUCUCCAUGGACAAAUGAUCACGAAAAUGUAUUUCAGGGUCUUGAGACCUCAAGAUAUACCCCUUUCCGAUCGCUAUUAUAAUAUAGAUGCCAAGUAUGACAAUUUCUUCGUCGUUGUAUCGAGAAAAUACUAUAUUUUUUUAUAAAUGUUUUCAUUUUUAUUCAUAGCAAGCCAGUGUAAUAUCUUUUUAGACAAGCGUGCAUUACGGUCUUCCUUUUUUAAAGGGAGGUGUAGUUAGGAAUAGGGUGUAUAAUACUAUAUUUAUUCUUCAUUUUAAAUUGUUGUUACAUGUUCAAAACAUUAGUUAUUUAUUUAUACAUUUGUUCGGGCUAAAGGUGUUGAAAGUGCCUGAUUAGAAACAAAACGAAGCUCUACUUGUUAUUUAAGACUUAAGGUCCUGUCACUUCCAGGGAAGGAACGCCCAAGUUAUUUGAAUGAAAUUUUAUGUUUGGGAGCUGUUGUUAGCAUUAAAUCAGUAACUCAGUUAGAAUAAAAGUCAGUAGGCAUCCAAUAAUGUGCUGUUGCGUUUUGCGGGAACAAAUUUGUGCGAAUUUGGAUUUCAAAUGAAGUGCUAGAAAAACAUUUUUGUAGGGGUAUUGAUUGCGAUUCGAAAAAAGCUAUAAUGUUGCGUGUCUUUGUGAAUUUUCUAUACAGAAUCGAGUCAAUUGAUUGUCAUCACCAUGAAAAUAUACGGCUGUAGCUACGACUUGUGUGCUCCACGAAGACCGAAAGCUGAUAUUCGUAACGCCAUCUAUCAAUUCUUAGCUUAAAUAAGUUACAUGCACCCAUCUGUUGUCGUCUACACUUGUGGGGUUAAAUGUGGCAUAACGCAAUGCCUCUUGGCGAUUCCUGCACGACCCAUUAGACAAUACACACAGAAUAUUUUUCACUUACUAUUUUUACGCUUUGCCGUUGUCUUGGUAUACCUAGAAAAAAUUUUACUGCAAUUUUAAAGGCCAGGUCGUUACACAGUUUUUUCUUCCACUUUUGGUUCUGUCGCCGUCACCUUAUAAAUGUGGUAAUUUAUAAGUUUACACUUUACAUGUAUACUCAAAAUUCUUAUGAAAUGAAAAUGUUGACUGUGUUUUGUUUUCGAAUCGAAACCAGAUUCGCUGUACCAGAUGCAAAACUACCAACCUGCAAAUAGCCCACGUUCGUUAUAUUAAAAUUCUAACAUGACUCCGAGGCUUUAUGGUCGAUAUUUGGUUUGGUUUUCUUUGAGUUCAAGUCUCUUAUUGGAAUUCCGAGUCCAUGGAGUCGUGAAAAAUUUGCAAUUUUGUUCGUAGAGCCUCGGAGUCAUGUUAGAAUUUUAAUAUAUCGAACGUGCUCUAUUAUUUUAUGACAUUGCCACCUGGCUCGAUGGGCCCUUACACAUUUUCGUAAUUUAUUCCCGAAACGAAACACUAUCACAGUUUCAAGUGAAUGCAAAUAAAAUCAGGCAAAAACAAAGCUUAGCCUUACUUCGCUUCUUUUUUCCAUGUACAGCGGAAACUAUUUAUUUUUGUGAAUUGAAAUAUAUGAAAUGAAUCAAUAUUUAAACUGCGGAUGAAAAGUGAACAUGAUUUUCG